AUGACAAGAGAUGUAAGGGCAAAGAAACUGGCCAUAUCGUUAUUGAUCUUAUCAUUGUUUCUAAUAUUCCAAAUAGUGGCCAAGAUUUAUCUCCAUAAUGGUGAUCAGUACAAUACAGAGGCUAAUCCCUUUGCAAGAAGAAGAUCUCAUGUAACGCGUGUGCCCAACCAUGACGCUAGUUUAUCUAUACCGUAUUUGGACAAGAUCAACCAGUUUUGGCAUGUGGGGGGUGCCACGCAGAUUAGAAAUGCCCAGUCGAUUAAACUAACACAGGAUCGUGAUCAAGAUAAACACGGACUAGUAUUGUCCAAUGGAAUUGGUGACAACACCAUCAAUGACUUUGAAAUUGUUUUCAAGUUCAGGGUUUCUCACAACCCCACUACUCAACUCACGGGUGAUGGAAUGUGUUUUGCCAUUACGCCUGAGAAUGGGUUUCUCACACAGGAUUUAAAGUCGUCGUAUGCGAAAAAGCAAUACAUGAUGAAUUCUCAGGGUGUCAUAGGCGAUGAUACAGAUCUCAUGGGAUUCCCGAAGAAUUUACCUGGGCUAUUUAUUGUCUUGGACACGUAUCGUAACCGGGGCCACGACCAUAAGGAGGUGCCCUUUAUAGACGUCUUUAUAAAUGUGGCCCCAGAAAGCGAUUGCUACGACAUCAACAGUGAUGGCGAACUGAGUACAUCGCUACGGCUCAACUCAAAAGGCCACAUCAAACUUAAGAAAAAAGCCCUGUGGAAUCAAGUCACGAAACUAAGAAUAAUAUACCUUGAAAGUAUAAGCUUCCUGAAGAUUGAUAUUCAAUACGCCAAAGAGGGCAACUACUGGAUUGAGUUGUUCCAAACAACCGAAAACCUGUACUUACCCAAAAAUAUGAACACGGGACAGAGAUACAUCGGCUGUAGUGCAUUAAACGGCCAAUUAACCGAGACAGCGGAGCUGCUGGACGUAUCCACUAGUGAAUUUCAUUGGAACGACAAGGACGAGUCCAUCGAGGAUACCUAUGAUUACGCAAAGGAGGCUGAGCUAUUCUUGGAGCAGGAAUUUGGCGAGAUCCUCGACAGGGAACCCGAUGAGUUCACCAAGUGGAAAAUGAUCAAAGCUCAACCAAACAUCAAGACAGGGUCACAGCUAACUGAACAACGCGUUCCAAACAACCUUCACUCCCGAUUGUUCAAAGCGGUGCUGACCCUCUGGCAUUAUAGUGAGAUUUUGUUAUUAAUAAUCGGCAUUUAUCUUAUUUCUGUUUGCAUAAGAGUUUUCCAAAGAAGAUUCAAAAAAAUUAGAUACAGAAAACGAAGGGCAGGCUCGCACUCUGUGGGGCUACUGCCCAUGUAG